AUGAAGCUUCAAAGAUCUGCUCACUGUUUCAUUGCAAUCAUAGGGCUUCUAUCCACAAUCGCUCACUCAAUUCGCUUCGAGAUCGAAUCGGGUCACACAAAGUGUAUAGCAGAAGAUAUCAAAAGCAAUUCGAUGACUGUUGGUCAUUACUCAAUUGUUAACCCUAAUGAAGGACAACCUUUACCUGAAUCUCACAGAAUCACUCUCAGACUUAUAUUGCUUGAAUUUUUGUUGAAAAUUUUAGAUUUGUGUGUAUUUUUGGUUGGAAUCUUUAUGUAUUCGGUUUUGGUGACAUCGGCUUACGGGAAUAGCUACCAUUCGUCUGAAAAUGUGCAAUCGGGUCAAUUCGCUUUUCAGGCUGUUGAGGCUGGAGAUUAG